AACUACUUAGUAUAACGUAACCCCUACUGUUUACCUGGACACCGGCAACACACCUGACGAAAAAACUUGUGCCUGUAACUUCGGUAACAUUCCUGCUGCUGGCUCCAAUACAAGAUGGGGAUGGAUGGUGCCCGGUUUCUGCUGUACACUGUGAUCCUGUGUGUGACAGUGAUGGUGUGCUACUGGCGGGCAAUGGACUGCGGUUUUGUGUUUGACGAUGUGUCUGCCAUUGUUGAUAACAAGGACCUAAGGCCUCGCACCCCUAUUGGCAACUUGUUCCUGAAUGACUUCUGGGGAACCCCCAUGCAUUUGGAGAGGAGUCACAAGUCAUACCGGCCCCUCUGCGUGCUGACAUUCCGUUUCAACUACCUGCUCAGUGAGCUUGCGCCCAUGUCCUACCACCUGCUCAAUGUCCUGCUUCAUGCUGUUGUGUGCGUAAUGUACAUGAGAGUGUGCAAUAUGUUCCUGGAUGAAGUUCCCUCCUUCCUUGCUGCCCUGAUGUUUGCAGUACACCCCAUACACACAGAGGCUGUUACGGGUGUGGUUGGUCGAGCUGAAGCCUUGUCAUCCAUCUUCUUCCUUGCCUCCCUGAUGACAUACGCCUCUUGUACUGGGUACCACAGACGCACCAACUGGGGACCUCUGGUGUGGACGAUAUGUCUGGUUACCAUAGCAAUGCUGUGCAAGGAGCAGGGAAUCACCGUGAUAGGCGUGUGUGUCGUCUAUGAGCUGUUUGUGGCACAAAGGGCAUUGUUCAAGGACCUGUGGUCCAUACUUCUGGGCAUCAUGCAAGGCAAGCCUGCGCUGCCUGAGUGGCUGUGGGGCUCAAUCAUUCGCUCAGCAGUACUCGUGGGGUCAACGCUGUUCCUAUUGGUCGCCCGUAUCAAGGUCAUGGGGGCACAGCUGCCUGUGUUCACUAAAUUUGACAAUCCAGCCUCUGUCUCCCCUACACCCGCCCGCCAGCUGACAUACAACUACCUCCUGCCAAUCAACUUUUGGCUCCUCCUCUUCCCCUCUGACCUCUGUUGUGAUUGGACGAUGGGCACCAUAGCUGUGCUGACCUCCAUUGCUGACCCCCGUAACCUGGUGACCGUGCUGUUCUGGGCGUGUCUGGUCAAGGUCGUACACACUUCCCUUGUGAGGCAAGGUAGACUCAACAGGGCCAUUAUUAUGAGUCUGGCACUGAUGGUUCUCCCAUUCAUCCCAGCCUCAAACCUGUUCUUCCCUGUGGGGUUUGUGGUGGCAGAGAGGAUCCUGUACACCCCCAGCAUGGGCUUCUGUAUGCUGGUCGCAGCUGGCAUGGAUGUACUCAUGAAGAACAAAAAACUGCCCAAGGCCCUGCUGACUGUGUUGCUUGGAGGACUGCUAGUGUCACAUGGCCUCAAGACUUACAUCAGAAACAUAGACUGGACAUCAGAGUACACACUGUUCCGGUCUGCCUUAAAGGUAAACAAGCAGAAUGCCAAGCUGUGGAACAAUGUGGGACAUGCCCUGGAGAAGGAAGAGAAGUGGGAGGAGGCACUGGGAUACUUUCAGAAGGCAGCAAGUGUACAGCCGGAUGACAUUGGUGCCCACCAGAAUGUGGGACGCACCCUGAAGACCCUGCAGAGGUUUGAUGAGGCAGAGCAGGCCUUCCUGGCAGCCAAGAACCUCUUCCCCCCUGUCAUCAAAGGUCGCAGUUACCAAGCACGUGUGGCCCCCAGUCACUUGAACGUGUUCCUCAACUUGGCCUCACUAUACUCAAGGGAUAACAGCAGGCUGCUGGAGGCUGAUGAGUUAUUGAGGACUGCUACAGAGAUGAGACCUGACUAUGUACAGGGCUGGAUCAACAGGGGUGACAUCAUGAUGAAACUGAAGCGCCACCAAGACGCCAUCUUUGUGUAUGAAACAGCUCUCAAGUAUGAACCAGACAAUGCUGAUGUCCAUUACAAUCUUGGCGUGGUGAACAUGGAGCUGGGUAACAAGCCUCGAGCCUUGAAGUACUUUGAUGAGGCCAUCAAACAUGACCCUGACCACUGGCAAUCUCUCUACAACACCGCUGUCAUGAUACAAGAAGAACGGCUGAAGGACAAGUGGCCAGUUGCAAUUGAGAGGUUUCAAUUCCUGAUGAAGAAGGAUGCCAAUGACUCCAAGGCCCCUUUCUCCUACGCCAUGCUGUCAAUGGACAUGGGUGACUUCAUUGCAGCUGAGAAAUACUUCAAAAUAGCCAUCAAGAAUGACCCGACCUUCAAGAGUGCACUGUUCAACAUAGCCCUGAUGCUGACCAACAACAUGAACCGACCCCUGGACGCCAUUCCCUAUGUGACCACAUUGCUAGAGCACUACCCAGACCACCUGAAGGGCCACAUGCUGCUGGGAGAGCUCAAUGUGAACCAUCUGAAGAACCUGGACAAGGCACAGGAGUGCUUCCAGAAAGUGAUAGCGGCCGAGCCUCACAAUGUUGAGGCUCAACAUAAUCUGUGUGUAGUGCAUGUGGAGCGUGGUGACCUCAUUCAGGCAGAAAAGUGUCUCACAUUUGUUCAUGAGCUGUCCCCCAAGGAGGAGUACAUUGUGCGUCAUCUCAACAUUGUACGCUCCAAACUGAACGAUGCCAUUAGGCAGAGACAGGCUGAGUUGGCCGCACAGCAGGCUGCUGACAAAGGCAAGGGUCAGGGGUCAGAUGCUGCUCAAGGUCAAGGGGCACCACCGGGUCAGGGGUCACCACAGGAUCAAGGAUCACCUCAAGGUCAAAAGUCAUCCCAAGACCAAGGUCAAGGAUCUCAAAGCAAACCGAAAGCACAUCAUGGUGAUAAAAAUGUAUGAUUAUUGCAUAAAAUGUGCAUUCCAUAGUUUUGAUAGUAAAUUGAAUAGUUUGUAGUAGAUUGCAUCAAAAUGUUUUUUAAAGUGGAAUAAAUUAUGUGUGUUAUUUGUAAGAUUUGUAGAAAAAUGGCUUUCAUUAAUUACAUGCAUUAUUAUACCCCCACAAACGAAGUUUAGGGGGGUAUAUAAGAGUGAACUUGUCUGUCUGUCGGUCGGUUGGUCGGUCGGUCUGUCGUACCGUAUUAAGUGUCCGCUCUCUAAUUCAAGUAGUUUUCAACCGAUCUUCACCAAACUUGGUCAGAAGUUGUAUCUACAUGAUGUCUAGGCCAAGUUUGAACAUGGGUCUUGCCAGGUCAAAAACUAGGUCACGGGGUCACUUAGUGCGUUUAAAACAUUCAGCAUGUUGUCCGCUCUCUUAUUCAAGAAGUUUUCAUCCGAUCUUCACCAAACUUGGUCAGAAGUUGUAUCUAGAUGAUGUCUAGGCCAAGUUCGAACAUGGGCCUUUCCGGGUCAAAAACUAGGUCACGGGGUCACUUAGUGCGUUUUAAACAUUCAGCAUGUUGUCCUCUCUCUAAUUAAAGUAGUUUUCAUCCGAUCUUCACUAAACUUGGUCAGAAGUUGUUUCUACAUGAUAUCUAGGCCAAGUUCGAACAUGGGCUUUGCCGGGUCAAAAACUAGGUCACGGGGUCACUUAGUGCGUUUUAAACAUUCAGCAUGUUGUCCGCUCUCUAAUUCAAGUAGUUUUCAUCCGAUCUUCAACAAACAUGCUCAGAAGUUGUAUCUAGAUGAUCAUAAGGCCAAGUUCAAACAUGGGCCUUGCCGGGUCAAAAACUAGGUCAUGGGGUCACUUAGUGCGUUUUUUUUAACAUUCAGCAUGGUGUCCUCUUUCUUAUUAGCUCGACUAUUAUAUAAUAUGAAAUAUAUAUAGUGGAGCUAUCCUACUCCUGUCAGCUUUAGCGUUAGCGUGCAAAUGUUAAAGUUUUCGUACUACCCCAAAUAUUUUCUUUGUCCCUUGACAUAUUGCUUUCGUAUUUUGCAUACUUGUUUACCAACAUGACCCCAACAUAUAAACAAGAGCAGACAACUCUAUCAAGCAUUUUGUCAUAAUUAUGGCCCCUUUUCCACUUAGAAUAUGCAGGAAAUGUUUAAGUUUUCGUACUACCCCAUUUAUUUUCAUUGUCCCUUGACAUAUUGCAUUCAUAUUUUGCAUACUUGUUUUCCAACAUCACCCCAACCUAUAAACAAGAGCAGACAACUCUAUCAAGCAUUUUGUCAUAAUAAUUGCCCCUUUUAUACUUAGAAUAUGCAUAUUAUUGAUAAAUCUAUGUUAAAGUUUGCGUACUACCCCAAAUAUUUCCUAUAUCCUUUGACAUAUUGCUUUUAUAUUUUGCAUACUUGUUUACCAACAUGACCCCAACCUAUAAACAAGAGCAAGCAUUUUUACAUAAUUAUGGCCCCUUUUACACUUAGAUAAUUGAACAUUUUGCUUACAUUGCCAUAACUUCUUUAUUUAUGAUCACAUUUUAUUAUUACUUUGACAAAACAACACUUACCUGAAUACCACAAUGGAUUCCACCCAAACAAUACCCCACGCCCCUACCCAGAAUCCCUCCCCCCCCCCCCC